GACGACGAGCAACGAAACCCAAGCAACGACGAGUUCCGUAUUCGCCAACUUCAUGGCCACCUUUGAUUUGUUCUUACAUUAAGUGAAGUUUUUUAUUUUGGUUUUUUAUCACUGCUAGUGGUGUAGCCUAACUGCUGGUGGCUUUUUCUGGUUUGCCGAAGACGAGCAAAAGUGGUUCCCGAAGACCCGGAGCGCUCGCGCGCGCUUUUCCGUUUCCGUGCGCCAUCGUUAUUGUGCUAGUGUGAGCAGCGGGAUGGCGGAAGUGAUUGGAGAAUCGUCGCCCACAGCACAACCAUCGCCAGCAGCCCCCGCGGAACAACCUGCAGAGGAAACCAUCGCAGAGCGGCCGCUGUUGGCGAAGGCAGCCAUGAAAUCUUGCUGCCGAAUAUGUUUGGCGAGCGGUUCCGCGGGAACGAUGGUGUCCAUCCAUCGGCCAGUGCCGGAGUACGCCGAGAAGACGCUGCUACAUAUGCUACUGACCCUGUGUUUGCCCCUUAACCAGCGCGGUUCAUUGAACGGGCUGCCGGAGCAAAUCUGUCGGAACUGCCACUGGAAGCUGCUAUCGGCGUACGAUCUGUACGAGACGUCUCUGGCCAGUGAUGCACAGCUGCGGGGAGGUGGUCCACAAGGCGCGAACGAUUUGUUUAAAAACGCUGCUACCCAUAUGCGGCCACGGAUUGUUACGGUGGCCAAUGUGAAGCAGGAGGGUCGAAGCACGGAUGGAACGGACGAGGAGCAGCUAUACCAUCACCAGCAGUCCGUGAUGGUGGAAUUGCACGAACCGAUGGUCGAUACGAGUGACACGGUCGGAUUGCUGAGCGGUACGCUCGACAGUCUGGGUAAUCUGCUCGAAGAGACCAAGGAAAGCGUUCCCGAUCCGAUGGAAUCGUUCAUGGAAGAGCACUACGAGUUCGACGAGUCUGCCGGAACGCAUUUCUGCGGCCUAUGCAAGGCAACCUUCCUGUACAAAAGCCAGUGCCGGAUGCACAUCGCCACUAAACACAAUCCGGCCAAACCUUUCAAGUGUGACGUAUGCUUUUGUACGCUGACCAGUCUGCAUCGGCUGACACGCCACAAGGCACUGGCGCACGAUGUUGGCCAGGUGAAGCAGGAGGAUGCUAUCGAGGAACAUGACAACGAUACCGGCGAAAAGACGUUCGCAUGUCCGAUUUGUGGCAAGAAAUUCAGCACCGCGGUUCGCUUCAAGCGCCAUAAGAGUGUUCACGCCGUGCACAAUCGUCCGUUCAAGUGCGAGACCUGUCUGUACCGGUUCGCCAGCAAAUCCCAGCUCACCCAGCACGCCAAGGUGCACCGGGAACAGGCGCUGGAUGGCGAUGGUACGAUGUUCGGGUGCGAUCAGUGCGAAGAGCAGUUUCCGGGCAAAAGGGCUCUGACCGUACACCAGCGACGGGUGCAUGGCAAGGAUGGGUCGCGUGGAGACGAGGAGGGGCGCGAGCGGACCGAUUACGCCUGCAUCAUCUGCAAGAGCUCGUUCGCGCGCGAAAGUGUCCUCAACACGCACAUGAAGAUGCACGAACUGUUGGCGGCCGAGAAGGAGAAAGAGAAGCGUCUCGAUCUGGAGCGCAUGGUAAAGCAAGAGCUGCAACACCAGAUGGCAAUGAACAAUGUGGGGCCUCCGUUGCCUCCGCUGUCACCGGAGCUACUAGAACCCUCUAGCUCCGUGCUGGAACCGUUCGCGCUCGGGUUGGUCCCGGUUGUCAAGGAUGCACCGACCGGGGAUGCGGGGCCACAGCAAACAGCAAAUACCGUGCCGGGAACGGCGGUGGCGGCGCCAGCAGCAUUAUCGGCCACAUCUUCGGCCUCCAACAAUGUUCACAACAACAGCUUCAACAGUAGUUUCCGAAAAACGGCCAUGCGACUGUCGAUUAGUUCUAGCUCUACGCCCGUGGAAAAGAAGAAACCACCGGUGACGACGGACAUCGUAUACGUGUGCAGCAUGUGCGAGCAGGAGUUUGAGGAGCGCGAGCAGCUCAAGAAGCACCAGAAGAGACAACACCGAAAGCUCAAAGUGGACAUCGUGUCAACGGAAACGACUUCCAAUGGGGGUGACCACCCACCCGCUGCUCAACGCAGGAAGCUGCUGAACGGUGAUUACAUCAAGCCAGACGAUGAAGAGGACGAUAGCUUCACAGGAUUUCCCCAAGAGCUCGAGGAAAUGGACGACGAUUCACUGACUGAUCGGAAGGGUUCCGCCGCGGAUUCUCCAUUCGUUUGCGAUCUCUGCAAUAAAUCGUUCACCCACAACUGUUACUUGACGAUGCAUAAGCGUAAACACCACGACCCAGCGAAGCAGUAUGGCUGCAAGGUGUGCCAUUACCGGUUCGGGUACCGUGGAACUUUGAUGCGCCAUCAGCUGAUACACUCGUCCCAAAGCGUGUUGCCCGGGGCACACGGUUCGAUUAUUUUCAAAUGUCGCAUCUGUUCGGCCAAGUUCCUCGAGCUGAUGCACUUGAAUAGUCACCUGAAAAGCCAUCGGCAACCGGAAGAACCACCGGUACCCGAAACGGGUGGUCAGGUGCAGCUCAUUCGAUGCAGCGAGUGCACCCAGGUGUUCAUCGAUCGAGCGCAAUUCGAGGAGCACAAGAUGAAGGAGCAUCAGUCGGGCCAGUCGUUUAGCAGCAACAGCAGAUCCGCUGAACCGCCGCAGUCACAUCGGCUAUUGCUGAACGAUAAAAGCAGCUUCCGUCCAGCAGCAGCAACAUCCGGCCAAUCAACGCGACCGUACGACGAGCCACGAAUGCUCACAUUUCCGUCAACCUCUUCUCCAUUUGCAAGCAGUAGAAACGACAGUAAGCUACAUUACGAGCCGACCGGGGAGGAUGAAGAUGAUGAGUUCCUAAAUGGCCUUUCCAUCAUCAAGAUGGAACCGCCGGGAUUCCUUGUGGCCGUCAUGGCGACGCUGAAUUGGCGAACGCCACAAGCACCGGCAGCAGUGGCGGCUGCUGCGGCUGCCGCAGCUUCAAAGAAACCACGCGGACGCCCCGGCAUUCGCACCAAAAUGGCUUACGAUUACUACAACAACGGGGUAGCGGCAACAGCCGCGGCCGCAGCGGCUGCUUCUGCCAUGGUAAACGUACAAGCCGGACCACAAGCCCAUAUCCCAUCGUACAUGCUGGCGAAAAAUCGCAUGUUCGAUGCGCAUGCCGCGGCAACCGUCGUGUUGCCGCCAGACUAUGGGCAGAAGCUGUCGGCGGCAUCAUCCGCUCCGUUACAAGCGCCUCCACCACCGGCAGUGGCCCCAGCAAUUCCUGAUGCAAAGCACACUACUCCACAACAGGAUGAAGGUGAAGACAACGAUGAUUUUUUGAGCGAAAUCACCAUUCAAUUCGACGAUGAUGAGGUACAAACGCUGUACGUUGGACCGGUGGAGAUUGUGGAAAACUCUGCAAAUGGAGGGCAACGUAAAGCUGAAGACGCUAUUACGGCGGGAAAAUCCGGAGCACCGCUACUACCCGCCGAUAGCACUAGCCCGGCCCAACGACACCGGGACCGAUUCGCGGAGGAGAGAGCAAUAGUGACACUUGAAACAGUCGGCGAAAAGGCAACGAGCCAACCACUGCCGAUGUUUCUGAAGCAACAGAAACAACAAAAGCAACAUCAGCAACACCAGCAACAUCAACAACAUCAGCAACAGCAGCAACAUCAGCAACAUCAGCAACAUCGUCAACAGCAGCAACAGCAACAACAGCAGCAACAUCAGCAACAGCAACAACAGCAGCAACAUCAGCAACAUCAGCAACAUCAACAACAGCAGCAGGAGGUGCAACAAAAUCAACGGCAAAAACGACAGCAACGGCAGCAACGGGUACAACAACAAAUGGAGAAGCAGUUGCGAACUCAACUCGAACAACAAAUGCAAAAGCAACAGCAACAACAACAUCUACAGCAACAGCACCACCAGCAACAGGCAUUGCUUAAGCAGCAAACUAUUCUGCAGCAAAUGCAGCUCUUGCACGAUUCUCAGCAGCGCCAGCAGCAAGCCAAGCAGCAGCUUUCUCUGAUCGAGCAGCACAUUAAGAUGAGCGUCCAUCAACAGAUCCAUGCCCAGCAGCAGCAAUUUCAUAAACAACAGCAGCAAUUGCAACAGCAACAGCUAGAGCAAUUUCAAAAACAACAGCAGCAGCAGCAGCAGCAGCAACAACAACUUCAACAACAACUACAAAUACAGCUAAGGCAGCAACAGGAGUUUCAACGUCAUCGCAGCAAGGCUAAACAGCAGCAGCCGCAACCGCUCGUACAGUUACCGAUUCAGCAGCCACUUCCGCCGUCAAAACCACAAUAUAGAGCACAAGCUGGCAUGAAACAAACGGCAUCUUCCAAUGUUACUGUGAUUGCCGCCGCUCAUGCUCCAAUACCGGCGAAAACCAUUGCCAAUCACAAUCCACCGGAGAUGAUAGUACCCAGUGUCGUCAAUGGUAACGGUGGUGGCCUGCUACAACCGUCACCACGAAGUAUUGCAUCGCCACAACAUCCGGCUUUGGACAGAGAGUUGGUCAUUAUUAAACAAGAACCCGUGACGGAGCCUGUGACAUGCGAAGCCAGUGAGUCCGUCGUUACACAGGGCGAAACGACAUUCCAGCAGCCAGCUAACGGACCGUCGUCGGAAACAACGCUCCCGGAAACAAAACCAGUACUCACACCGCAGCAACAACUAGCGCAGAAGGCUCAAAAUGGUGUCGUUUCGUCCGAUACUGAUCGUGAUAAUCAUGGUCCAGCAACACCGAUAUCCAUCAUCUCCACCACUACCUUUACCACCAUUCACACCGACAAACGAUCGGCGGAGCUGUUAAGCAACAUCAGCGCGACGACGCUGCAUGACGCUAGCGCCGGUAGCAACAGUAUUGUCCGGGAAGCUGUUCCCAACAACGAUGUCAACGGAACUGCUGGUACCGCGUGCCCAGUCGUGGACCGAAUGGUUGUCACCGGCGUGGAAGAUGGUAAACCUUUAGCUACCGUCACCAGCAAAGAGGAUAUCUCCAGUCUCGUCGAUGCAGCAACAACUGGCACCAUGCCAGCAGUAGUAGCGGCUACACCAUCCCCAGUCGUGAAGCGAGGCCGUGGCCGUCCACCUAAGGUUAAGAAAGUGCAAACACCACAAAUUGCGACUACGGCACCCCAGGUGAUCUCCAUUACUCCACAAGCAACGACGAUCAGCAGCAGUUCUUUUAAGGAAUCAAAUUCUCAGAAUGAGCCCACAACUGAGACUGACCAUACCGUUGCAGUGUGUAGUGACCAUCCUCCGUCCGCGGACAGUGCAACCGGCAACGUUGAAAAGCAGUGCAAUGGAACUGCAAAGAAGCAGAAAAUUGGACGUGGGUUACGUGGUCGCGGCAAAGAAGAAGAAAAUGAUGAGUUGCGACCGGAAAAGACAUUUAUCUCGAUGGUCGCACUUUGCCCACAGAAGGACCGUAAACGAGCGCGCACCAAGCCUCCUCCCGACGAUACCGCAACCGUUUGCGAGCUACCGCCGACCUCGCCUGUUAUCGAUUGUGUUAUGCCCGAACUAGCCGUUGAGGUGAACAAAAAGACUGAAAGCGACGAACCUACUACGAUGAUCUCGGACACUAUUAGUAGUGGCGCUAGUGCUACUUCCGAACCCCUCCCUACCACAUUGACGCAACCGCCGUGUCCGACAGAGAAAGAAUGCGUUCAAGGAGAAAUAUUACAACCAGAGAUUAGCCAGAAGAAUUUGCCGAAAUCACCAACCGCACGAGCCCCUGACGAUGACGUACAGCAUUACGCAACGACGGUCGUCCUGUCGACCGAACCAUUUUCUUCCGGGUGUGACAGUGGCAUUGAAUCGGCUGGUGAUACGAUCACGAGUAACCGUACAUCCUCUGGCAAGGAGAAGGUCGCACGUAUCGGCGUCAUCAUGGAAGCAUCUGAGACAGGCACUGAACAGCAGCAGCAGCAGCAGCAGGUGGUGCAGCAAGCCGAACAGCUGGAAGCAGUAGUCGAAAGCACUGAGCAUGACAUCGAAGGAAACACUGGCGUAUCAGGACUAGCAGGCGUGGUAACUAAAGUCGAGGAAGACAGUGGACUCGAGAGAAGUCCAUCGUUGGAAACAACGGAACCGAAUGACGCAACGGAUCUGCAAGCCGCUGAAACCAAUGAAGGAGUUUAUCGGUGUAGCCACUGUGAAAUGGCAUUUAAAACGGAACCCUGGUACAAGAAGCAUCUUUUGAAUGUGCACAGCCUUGGAGAAAAUGAAAUUGUGCAGGAAAAUGGCCACGCUGCGGACCUGCUUGCAAGUGAAGUUGCGAAUGGACAGCAAGAAGUAACCACAAUAGCUGCCAUCGCAUCGAUUGACAGUGUAGUGCUUGACGUAGUGCCGCCGACCCACAUUAAUGACUGUAUGUUGCCAGUUAACGGUGCAACGGAUGCCGGAUGCCAUGUGGGACGAGUUCUUCGAAGUGAAACCGAGGAAAAGAACGACUUCCGAGCGGCGGUGUCAUAUGGAACGCGUAAGCGCAAACAUACUGUAUCGGGUGGUGAACCUGUCAAGCCAAAUGUCGUGCCAACCGAGGAUGUAAUCCCCAUAGCAACACUGGAAGAGGAUACACCUUCAAUCCCGCCUCCGAACGAUCCGAUCAAAACGAAACUAUCGAAAAUAAAGGAAGAAUUUCGAGCGUCCGGCACACGCAAUCGUAACAGCGUUGGGUCUGCUGCUGCCAAGAUUGAAGCGCAAGAACCCAUUCCGAACGAUGAUCCAGGGGCGGAAGACAGCAUAAUCAGCCCGAACGAUAACGCUCUGCCAGUGGCAAAAUCUUCGUCGAAAACGGCCACCAAACAAUCGAAGGCACGCAAGGCAUCACGCAAGAAACAAGUUGCUGCUGCUUCUCCUCCAGCUGCUCCCUCUGCUACGCCUGCGUCUAUAGAGCCACUGACUGAUCCCAAGGAAGAGAGCGACGAUCCGAACCACCUGUCAGCGUUCGAGCUUUCCAAGUUAACCGUGGUGGAGGCGGAAGGUGGCUGUUACUACAAAUGUACUAUCUGCGGUGGACAGUUCAGCGAUAAACCGGCGAUCAAGGCGCACUUGUCGACCGUGCAUGCGGCCAUCAAAAAACGAUCCUGCCAGUUCUGUGGCCGCUCGUUCGUGCAAACGGGCGAUUUGACGCGUCACGUACGCAUCCAUACCGGUUUCCGUCCCUUCAAGUGUCCGUUCGUCGAAUGCAGUUACGCGUUUAUUUCGUCCGGCGAUCUACACAAGCAUGUGCGGCGUCACAAUACCGACGAGCCGGUACCAAAACCCCACGUGUGCGAAUACUGUGGCAAGGAAUUCGAGCGAUCGUAUGAUCUUCGACGCCACAAGACGAUGCACCUGAAGCAGGAGCCCGGUUUCAAGGGUAUCUCGUGUGAGGUGUGCGGCAAAGUGUUCGCCCGUAAAGAUCAGUACCGAGCGCAUACCUAUCGUCACAUCGGUUACCGGCCCUACACGUGCGAUGUAUGUGGCAAGACUUUCACAGAUCCGAGCAACUUCUCCAAGCAUGCUCGAUUGCACGAGAUGGAUGGUGUGGAGGUGGUGUGUUACUUCUGUUCACGCAAGUUUAAGAAUAAGAGCGCCAUCUCGAAGCACAUCUUUCACUGCCAGCAGCGCAUGAUGGGGAAGAAGGGUGGUGGUAACCGCAGUGUGGCCGUGGCGCCUUCCUUCAUCAAGGAGCUGAAGAAGGAAGCCAAGUGCGAUCCGGAUGACGGCGAUGAGGAUUACCAUGCUGCUGGGUAUGGUGGUCGAGGUCGUACGAAUGUGGCUAAAUCGCGGCCCCAACGCUCACAGCGAACACGGAAGCGACCGCUACGGAUCCAGGAAGAAGACAGCAAUACAGAUGAGGACGAAGAAGAGGAGGAUGACGAUGAAGAUGAUGCAUCGACUAGUGCCGGCAGCAGCUACCACACCUCUACCGGUUCCGGUGCCAGCGAUCGUGAUUCUCCGAAGGAGCCAACGAAGACGAAGCGUGGACGACGCAGUGUGCGUGGUGGAGCAUCAGCCAGUGCAGCCGAUAGCUGCUCAUCAUAACGCACGCUACAAUGGUCGUAUUUUAACUGCUGCUUUCUUGAUGGAUAUUCCCUGGUGUUUUUGCGCCAAUCGAAGUUCGUAGUGUGCGGUAAGGAGCGCUAUUUUCCAAUAAGCAAUAAUAAUGGCCCACCCCGUAUUCCGGUAACUUAAUAAUUGAAGGAAGUAGGUCCCGCGGGGAUCGGAUACUUAAGCAAAAGCAGGCCUCGGGACGCAACGAGAAUGUCGAGUAAAAAGUUAACUCAGAGAAUAUCAGAUACAGUGUAGAUUUUUUGGUUCUGAAGCAACCGCGAGCCCUUUACAUUAGCUAGGGGUGCUUAUCUUCUCCUAUAUUCUGCAACACUCGACAUUCGCCUACCGGUGAAUAACUUUACCAAUAUUGUAUUCAGUUACUAUCUGAUGGGCGUUUGGCAUCAUCAAUAUUGUCGUUAGCUUGGGCAAGACAACGCUACUGCUUCCUUUCUUAAAUUAUUUAAUCGUAGCAAGUGGUGAGCGGAUGAGAGCCUACUUUGACCGACUUGAGCCACUUUUGGUAUUAAUGUUUAUAGCACUAAGUGAUCGUAAUCCGUAAAUAUCAUUCAAUUUGUAUCAGUUUAUCAUUAGUUCAUGGACCCAUAUUACAGGAGAGAAGUGGCGUUUCAGACUAUUUUUUACGCUAUACUUUUGCGCUUAAAAGGGCAUACUGGUGGCCUCGUUGUAUGCACUUCUAUUCCGUUUGCAAAUCCCUACUUAUAUAUAAUCCAACGACCGUUGGCUCUCCUGUCUCAGCCUAUGCAGUAGGUUUAGUCUAGCUUAUGUUCUCUUCAAAUCAUUUCCAGUAUGAAUUCUUGCCGGGGGGCGGGCGGCUUUCGAAAGGAACGAAACUUAUGAGAAUGUUGAGUGAUGGAUGGAGGAUGUAGUAGUGAUGAGUAGAAUGAAGACUUGCGCUCUCUCCACAGGUUAUGCUGCUAGGGAUUCUAAACACACACAUGAAAACAUUCCUUUUUAAUUAUUUUUAGCAAAGUAAUAUACUCAUCGAAAUGUGCUCAUUCUCCUUAAAGAAGACAACGUGAGUGAGGAAAGACCGCGCGGGUAUGAACGCGAGGUUUUCUAUUUUUUCAUAAUUCCAUCUCCAAGAAUAAAACGGAAAAAGACACACAUUAAAACAUACACCAGAUAUUAAUAUACAACGUUUUAUACAUCUAGCGACGUAAGAGCUAUUAUAGACCGAUAAGUGAUCACAAUACAAUAGCCGUGGACUGAUAGAAUGAAAUGGAACGGGGAAGGGGCAUUGGAAACAAACAUGGUUGAACCAGGUGUAUUUUUCGACGGUUUUCGCCGACCAUACUAUACACACCAUAUCAUAUUAUGGUGCUGCGUGCAACCGGACGACCGGACGACGCUUGUAGGCCCAGCCCAUUUUUCUAUUUUACAUUUUUCCAUAAUGAAGAAACGAUGAAUACCUGUAUAUUUACGAAUAAAGAGAAAUCGAAAUAUUUAAGCAACGAUCUUUCGUAAAAGCACCGGCGUAUCUAGCG